AGGGCUCUUCUAGCCUCCAGGAUGCGCCUAGUCUGAGAUCGGAGGGGGGAGGAAUCCACAAGUCGUGCAGCUCGUCGUCUUGAAGCCCAGCGCCCGGAACGCUCCGAACAGUUCUACGCUGUAGAUCACCUGGCUUUCACUUCAAAGAGCUCGAAUUCUUCAACCACUUUUUGUGUUGUAAGUUUCCAAAGUUUAGGAAGUAGUUGGUCGGAGCUGAGUUGACUCCCCCACCGGGAGCGAAAGGAUUUGGGAUCGAGUCCUACAGCAUAGCGAGGCUACACCGCGUCUCUUCCACUAAACGGAUCUCUGCCGCCGGUUAUUCUGAUCCAGAGGAGCUCUGAACCGGAGAAGAUCGCUCGGUAAAGCUUAUUUUUUCCCGGUCCGCGGGGUCCACAGGUCCACGCUCGGCUGAGUACCGGGGCUUUGAUGCUCGGUCGGUGAAACACGCUCCAGUCCGCCGGAGGGUUUUUGUUCGCUGUUUUUUGUUCGUAACUUGUCGCGGACCUCAGAACUGAGUUGGAUUUUUAUUCGUGUUUUUGAAAGUUUUCACCAUCCCGAGCCGUGGAGUUUCUCCAUCAAACUAGCCCGGGUUCACCCUGCAGAGCUUCGUUUAAAGAUUAGCACUGCCUGAAUGGAGUGCCUUUUACAGAGGUGCCAGCAGAUUUAGGUCCUGCUACAUGAUGGGGCCCAGCAUGCUACUGGUCUUGGCUCUCUGUGCCCAUGUGUUGCCAGCUCAGUCGCGGCCUGCUAGCGCUACUGCAGAUGAAGGCCCCGCCCCGGAGCUCCCGGCCGAGCUCUUCACCCUGUACCCCGGGGACCGCCUGGACCUGGACUGCCCCUCCAAGGACUCCCUCCAGGCCGCCGUCAACUGGACCAAGGACCAGGCGGCGCUCACCGACGACGAGCACACGCGGCUCCACGGCGCGCAGCUGGAGAUCGAGACGGUGGAGCCGUCCGACUCGGGCCUCUACGCCUGCACCUCCUUCGGCAACUACAGCGUGUUCUUCAACGUGUCUGUGGAUACGCUGGCGUCCUCUGAGGAUGACGACGAAGAGGAAGAGUCCUCCUCCGAGGAGGCUAAACUCCUGGGCAGUGGGAAACUGCUACCAAUGCCCCCCCUGUGGGCUCACCCUGAGAAGAUGGCCAAGAAGCUCCACGCCGUUCCCGCCAGCAAGACUGUCAAGUUCCGCUGCCAGGCCAGCGGCAACCCCACCCCCUCGCUGAAGUGGUUCAAGAACGGCCGGGAGUUCAGGAGAGACCAGCGCAUCGGGGGCUUCAAGGUGCGCGACCACAUGUGGACCAUCAUCAUGGAGUCGGUGGUCCCCUCUGACAAGGGGAACUACACCUGUGUGGUGGAGAACCAGCACGGCAGCCUCAACCACACCUACCAGCUCGACGUCGUGGAGCGCUCCCCCCACAGGCCCAUCCUACAGGCCGGCCUGCCCGCCAACCGCACGGUGGUGGUGGGCAGCGACGUGGAGUUUGAGUGCAAGGUGUUCAGCGACCCCCAGCCCCACAUCCAGUGGCUGAAGCACAUCGAGGUGAACGGGAGCCGCCUGGGCCCCGACAAGCUGCCCUACGUCCGGGUGCUUAAGCAUUCUGGGGUCAAUAGCUCGGACACCCAGGUGCUGACGCUCUACAAUGUGACUGAGGAGGAGAGCGGCGAGUAUAUUUGUAAAGUGUCCAAUUAUAUAGGCGAGGCCAAUCAGUCGGCCUGGCUGACGGUCACCCGCUGGCACCCCACAGCGGUCCCCCACUACCCCCCCGCCAACCACACCUACCUGGAGGUGGUGAUCUACUGCGUGGGCUUCUUCAUCAUCGCCGUGAUGGUGGCCACGGUGGUGCUCUUCAAGAUGCGCACCACCUCCAAGAAGAGCGACUUCAGCGGGCAGCUGGCCGUCCACAAGCUGGCUAAGAGCAUCCCGCUGCGCAGACAGGUAACAGUGUCUGUGGACUCCAGCUCCUCCAUCCACUCGGGGGUCAUGCUGGUGCGGCCCUCCCGCCUCUCCUCCAGCGGCUCCCCCAUGCUGUCGGGGGUCUCGGAGUACGAGCUGCCCCAGGACCCCCGCUGGGAACUGUCCCGCGAAAGGCUGGUGAUGGGUAAGCGUCUGGGGGAGGGCUGCUUCGGCCAGGUGGUGAUGGGAGAGGCCCUGGGCCUGGACAAGGAGAAGCCCAACCGCGUCACCAAGGUGGCCGUCAAGAUGCUUAAGUCGGACGCCACCGAGAAGGACCUGUCGGACCUCAUCUCGGAGAUGGAGAUGAUGAAGAUCAUCGGCAAGCACAAGAACAUCAUCAACCUGCUGGGAGCCUGCACGCAGGACGGCCCGCUCUACGUGAUCGUUGAGUUUGCGUCGAAGGGGAACCUCAGGGAGUACCUGCGGGCCCGGCGGCCCCCCGGCAUGGAGUACUGCUACAACCCGGACCAGGUGCCCGUGGAGAACAUGUCCAUCAAGGACCUGGUCUCCUGCGCCUACCAGGUGGCCCGCGGCAUGGAGUACCUGUCCUCCAAGAAGUGUAUCCACAGGGAUCUGGCUGCUCGUAACGUCUUGGUAACCGACGACAACGUGAUGAAGAUCGCAGACUUUGGCCUGGCCCGCGACAUCCACCACAUCGACUACUACAAGAAGACCACCAACGGCCGCCUGCCAGUCAAGUGGAUGGCACCUGAAGCCCUGUUCGACCGCAUCUACACCCACCAGAGUGAUGUCUGGUCGUUUGGCGUGCUGCUGUGGGAGAUCUUCACCCUGGGGGGCUCCCCCUACCCUGGGGUCCCCGUGGAGGAGCUCUUCAAGCUGCUGAAGGAUGGGCACCGCAUGGACAAGCCCUCCACCUGCACGCACCAACUGGACAUGAUGAUGAGGGACUGCUGGAACGCCGUACCCUCUCACAGACCCACCUUCAAGCAGCUGGUGGAGGACCUGGACCGCUGCCUGGCCAUGACCUCCAACCAGGAGUACCUGGAGCUGUCGGUGGGCGUGGACCAGUACUCCCCCAACUACCCGGACACGCGGAGCUCCACCUGCUACCCGGACACGCGCAGCUCCACCUGCUCCUCUGGCGAGGACUCUGUCUUCUCCCACGACGCAGGCGUCGAGGAGCCCUGCCUGCCCAAGUUCCCGCCACACCCCAACGGCGCCGCCGUCAAGAAGCGCUAAUGCUAACACUAGCAUUAGCACUAGCGUUAGCCUAGCGCUAACGCUAAGCGUGUGUCGGCAUGGCGCUGACACAUGCCACCUCCCACCCAGCCCCCUCCCCCCCACACCGCUACCCCCACAUGAGUCCUUCCUGUCCUGCGACGGCCACAGAAGAGGCGCGGGCUGGGUGGGGAGGGGGGGGGACCACGGACCCAAGGGCCUAGGGGGGUCGAUGCCGGAACUCUGGUGCUUCUUUGACUCGGAUGCAUGACUCCCACUACCUGGCUCCCCCCACACAGACUGAGGUGGGCUGGCUACGAUGUCAAUUAGGGGGGGGCACCGUGCUACUCGGUGGGCCAGCGCUGGAACAUUAAUUUUUCUACAGAGUGCUGCUCUGCCCCCCCCCACUGGUCAGGAGAACCAUAGGACUGACGAUGGUGAAGGUGGUGCAAGUUGUGUUGCAGCUUAUUGUUUGGUGUUACAUUGCUGGUGAACUGCAGAGACUGUACUAUUAGCAAGGCGACGGGACUGCCUUACACACAGAGGUCCAUGUUUCAUUCAAAAGUAACUUCUUGUAAAUACAGGUAGAAAAUUAUAAAUAUGAAUAUAUAUUUACACUGUACUCUUAUUUUUUAAUAUCAUAAUUGAUUGCUUUUUUCUUUUUGUACAAGGAUGCUUCAGUCUGAUCCGUAAACAAAACGAAGCCCUUAGGGAAAUACUCUGAAAAUAAUGAAAUAAUUGUACCAUAUUGUGGAAAUGUUGGCCAGUUUUUGUUUUUCUGUCUUCUCUUCCUCCCGGCUUAUUUUUUUGCGCUACAUCGCUGCGUCCGUGAGUACGUUGACCAGCAGUUGUUUUGUUUCCAUGGACUUGUAUUUUUUAUUACCUCUACAACACAACAAAGCUUUGUGUUUUAGUGUCCUUCAAAAAGUCGUGUGUGUGUGUGUGUGUGUGUGUGUGUGUGUGUGUGUGUGUGUGUGUGUGUGUGUGUGUGUGUGUGUGUGUGUGUGUGUGUGUGUGUGUGUGUGUGUGUGUGUGUGUGUGUGUGUGUGUGUGUGUGUGUGUGGGAGAGAUGAUAUCCUGUAUUUCUUGUCUUAUUCCCAGAGCGGUGGUUGGUGACCCCGCUUGGUCUCCAGUGUAUAUACGUGUGGUUGUUGGCCGGUCAAAGGAACGCCACGUCUUUGUUUUAUCUUCAGUCAACAACGUGCACUUCCAUGUGCAUGCCUUCAAUGUGAUGGACUAAACUUCGUAUUGUAAAUGCUUUGACAGCAGUUACACCGGCUGCCUUUCCAACUUGAUGGAGUUGCAAAAAACCUGUAAGUCACCGUUUAAAAAAGGUUUACAUUCAAAUAAAAUGCUAUCGAAAAUAAAAGAAAUUAAAAACCAGCUGCUAAAGUUUCGGGUGAUUUGAACUGAGCUUGAUAAAGUCUAGUAGGUAAACAUCAGCUGACAUGUGUUACACGCUGAGGGCCGCCCUGCCACUACAGUCGUGGAGCAAUCUAAACGCAGGUUGCCGGGAACGAUUAAAUAUGAUAAUGCGGCGCUGGCUUGACGUUGAGCGGCUGGCGGCGCGGGCGCCCAGGCCGGUCGUAAACAUGUCGUUUAUGGCGGCGUGAGUGGCCCCAGCGCCCGAGGCGUUCAUCCCCCAGGCCUCCAGGCCUGCCACGUUCCGGCUGGCCCCAUGCCAUUGGCUGAUGCAUCACACCAGAAGGCUGUAGCCACGCAACGGCCUACCACACAAGAGAUACAGGCGCCCCCCCCUCCCAACGCUGUGUUUAAUCACCAAGAGACGGACGGAGGGUGGGGGGGCCAUGCAGCUCUCGGUCAUGUCCAGGUUGAGAGGCCUGCAGGAACCAAGAGAGCAUUUCUAGUGUUGUUGAUCGUUUAGCUUCUCCAUCCAACAACGACCAACAAGUAUAAUAAUGUAAAUUGAUGAAAGUAAUAAUAAAUGUAUUUCCCUAGCAGACUAGAUCAUUGCUUUGAUUUUCCCUGGAAACCUGUUGAAUGUGGUGAUACGUGUUUUUGUGAGCAGUGUUGAGUGAUGAGGAGGGCUAUAUAUAUACAUGUGUGUGUGUGUAUUGAAACACAAAUAUACACAGGUUGAAGCAGCUUGGCCGUACGACCGAUUAAUGGCGUGUCCAUCCUGGGUGCCAUUAGAAGAGGAAGCAUUAGCCUUGGACAGAUGGCACAGGUACAGACUUUGAAAGAACAAAGGUCGCUGUCUAGAAUAGAUACAGCACUUUUAUAAAUGGAGAGCUGCACUUAAUGGUAAUGCUUAAAAACAGGAUGAGGCUCACUUUAUUGUGUCUUUGUGUUGGUUAAAGACGUACUGGGUGCGGUCUGGAAGUGCACCAUGUGUGUUAUGAGUUCAUAACUGCUAUUACAAAGUAAAACGUUUGGUAUUCAUUUUCACGUACAGAAUCAUUUAAGCUCUCUCGGUCUCCUCGCCUACCAAACUUUCAAUGGUUAAGCUGCUGAUAAAGUCUUUGCUUAAUAAAGCCAAUGGAUCUAUAGCUUUCAAAGACCUGCCCCCACUAAAACCGAGGUUUUUCCUGA